AUGGCUACAACUACCUGCGGCUGCACUUUAUCAGUCCUUCACACACUGAUGCGAGUUGAGCAGAUGGGUACCGGGUCAACAGAUCUUCCGAAGUCGCUGGAGCUCCUGGAAGACGCAGAAGUGCGAUGCCGCGCAUUACUCGAUUGCGACACCUGUCGGACACGCCGAUCCUCCCUGUCUAGCGUUACCGUUGUCUGUAUCACUAUAGCCGAGUGGGUGCGCAAGCAGUGGCUCCCUGGUGACCUGAUCAAUGGCUCCACAGAUCACAUUUUCUCUCUUGGACCCUACGACCUCGACCCUGCCGAUACCAAGAUUCUGAGUCGUGAGUUGAUGAGCUUGCAAUUAUCACAUUUCUCCGAUGUUAUGAAUCUGCUUCAAAGGGCCCUUUCCACCAUGAACACAAGCUCUCUUGGCAUCUCAAGCACUCAGUCCAAGCACUUUGAGCACUGCACACGCUUCGCCAAUCCUACGGACCCCACGCACUCCACAGACCCCACUUAA